AUGGAUUUGAAAAAAUGUGUUAUUAAUUUGAUUCUUUUAUUUUAUAUGAACAAGUUUAUAUGCUAUUUUUGUUUUACUCAUAAUUACUUUGGAAGUAAAAAUAAUUGUUCUUUCUUUUUAAAUAAAAAUAAUUAUAUAAAAAAUAUCAACAUUAUUGAUCGAAUUAAGAAACUUUCCAACUUUGAACUUCAUCUGAUUUUUAGAAAGUUAAAAGAUCAAUCAAUGGUGAAAAGUAUUCCUGGUCAUGUGAGAAGAAAAAAGAAAAAGAAGAAGAAGAAAAAAAAAGGUAAACAAGAUGAAGAACCAAAAAAGAAAGUCAACAAAAAAUUAGCAAGGAGGAAAUUACUUAAAUUCUAUAAACUUAAAAGAAAAAAUGAAGGAAAAGAAGAAAAUGUUUUCGAUGAUAAAGAAAAAUAUUCUGUAUUUGAUUAUAUUGAAGAGAAAAUGAAAAAUCCAUCGAAUAAUUCAUUUAAUAAUAAGGUUGAUAUUAAUAUGAAAGAAAAUGAUCCAUUAUUUAAUGAGGGGAAAAAAAAAGAGAAUAUAUUAUUAGGAGAGAAAAAAGAAGAACAAGAACAACAAAAAUAUAUGUUAGAAGAACAGGAAAAUAUAACAAGUGAGAAUGAUAUAAGGAAUAAUGAAAAUGCUGAAGAUGAUAAAUAUAAUGAUUUAGAAAAUGUAGAAACAUUGAGUAAAAAGGAAGAUGGGAAAAUACCCAAAAAAAAAAAAAAAUUAAAAAAAAUGAAAAAAAAUAUGCAUAUUGGAAAAUAUAAUAGAAAAGUAUAUACAUAUAAAAAAAAAGUUUCUAUAGAUACCAUUCAUGAAUAUAUAUUAAACAAACAAUUAAAAGAUAAAUAUAUAUUAAGAAGAGAUUCUUUAAAAAAUGUUUUUGUAAAUAUGCCGUUAUUUAAUUUUUAUAAUUUCUAUAAUUUCUUUCAAAUAGAUCAUGUAGAAAAAUAUAACAAGUCUAAAAUUUUAAAUUUAAUUUAUUAUUAUUUAUAUAAAUAUAAAAACAAUGUUGAUAAUAAAACCAAAUAUGACCUUAUCAAAAUAGAUGAUAUAAUGCAAAAGUAUGAUAAAAUCACAGAUGAUAAAAUAAAAAUGAAUCAUUAUUUAGAAUAUUAUAUUAAUAUGAAUAAUAAUAAGUAUUUAUAUAUGAAUAUAGACAAAGAUUAUACUUUGAAAAAAAAAAUCACAGAUGCCUUUACUAUAAGUAAUAUAAACAAGGUUGAUUCACUACACAUACAUAAUUAUAAGGUUAUAUGGACAAUACGGAACGUUCAAGAGAAACUAUUUUGGAGAUUCCGAGAAAUGGGAAACAUUCCUUUGACUACUUCCGCCUUUACCUUCGCAGGGAAAAAAUCAUUCAAAUUGAAAAUAUGGAUAGAUGGGCAUAAGUCCUCAAAAAAAAACUAUGUAAGUAUUGGCUUGAAACAACUUGAAAAGUAUUCCUUGCUCGAUGAAUAUAUAUGCUUUUCUCUUAAUGGUAUUGUUAGAGGACCCUUUACAUAUUUGUCAAAAGAAUAUUAUCAGAAUUGUUAUAAUUUUUGUAAAUUCGAUGAACUUGAUUUGCAAAAAGAUGAAUUACAAUUAAGUGUUUAUGUGCAUGAUGGUAUUGUUUAG